AUGGCGAAGAUACAUAGGAAUUAUUCCUCAUCGUCAUCUCAGAAACCGACUCUUCUUCAUUAUCAAACAAACCCUAACGGGAAAAACUCUAACAAUGAUGAACCACAUGUUGAUAACAAACCAACACCAACAAUGCUGGAAUCGUUGUUACCAUUGGUUGAUUCUAGUUUGAUUUCUGCAACCACCCCUGCAGACGUGAAGGAAUAUCAAAACUCGUACGUGUUCGAGACAGAUAUGCUGGGAAUGAAAUCUGAUGAUAUCAAGGUUGAGGUUGAAGAUGAUAAUGUGGUUGUGAUAACCGGCGAGAGGAAGAGGGAAGAAGGUGGCCGCGUCAAGUACCUGAACAUGGAGCAAAGAAGAAGGUUUGGGAAGUUCACCGGAAGGUUUCUUCUUCCUCAAGAUGCUAAUGCUGAAGCUGUUUCGGCUGCUUGUCAAGAUGGGGUGUUUACUGUUACUGCACUCAAGAAAUUGCCUCCUCCUCAGAACCCUAACAAGCAUAGAAGAACUAUUGAGGUGGUUAAGAUUGCUUGA